CAUCAAACAGAACCGAUGCGUGUCAGCAUACAGGUUUUACAACAGGGAACAAAGUUCAUUUGUUGUGCUGGCUGCAUCACAGUGACAGGUGAAUCCAAGUCUAUCUACCUGCCCCUGGAACAACAGGGUGGGAUAAUGGACGGGUGGCGGCAACCUCUUCUACUGCUGUGGUUGACUUCAGUGGUAGCAACGACUAUACUGGGAAGUAAUGCUGAGGUUGUGGAAGAGGAGGCACUGCAGGUAAAGAACUUGACCGACAAGCUUUUGCGAGUCAUUCCUCACAGAUGCAACGGCUCCUCUGUUACUGAACUGGUGAUUGAGGGGAGCAUGAUUACUCUGAAUGAGACCGACAGACUAGCCCUGGCUAGCUAUCCCAGACUGGAAGAACUCCACCUGGAUGGUAACCUGGUGACCAAUAUACCAGCCAAGUACUUCUCUGUGGUACCACACCUCAGAGCGCUGUCUCUGUCCGGGAACAAAAUCAGCAGCCUGGACCCAGAGUCUUUCUCUGGCCUAGAUGUCCUGCGCGAACUGGACCUGUCCCACAACCUGCUGACAAGUCUCCAUACACAGCUAUUCAGACAGCUGACUAAUCUGCAGGUGCUGAAACUACACGGUAACCCCUGGAACUGCUGCUGUCCGCUGCUGAGCAGCAUUGCAGAGGUCAAAGCAGCCGGACUUACCGUUGGAGGGAAACAAAUCACCUGCGCUUCCCCAGAAAAUCAGGCUGGCAGAGAUGUUUUGCAGGCUGCAGCGAUGUGUUACCCAUCACCACCAUCCAGCCUCACUACAGACCCACAGGAACCUGUCAACUCUCAAAACUCUUCAAGCCAGAAACUCAACAUCAACAAAGACCAGACACCUGUGCUCGGCAACACGUGGAAGUUCGCGGGAUGUGUUGCAGCCCUGGCGAUGUGCACCUCCGUGCUCAUUCUUUGUGCCAUAAAGGGGCCUUCCUUGUACAAGCUCUUCCACAACUACCGUCAUCGGCGGCUGCGCCAAGAGGAGGAGGACAUUGUGUCAACAGUCUUCUCAGAGACAGGGAGACACGUGAACCAUCAGACAUUCACCUUCAAACAAGAGAAUGGGCAGAUAGAGGAGGAGGAGGAUGGGUAUUUUGAGGACCCAUACAUCAAGAGUGAAGAGUGACGAGUGACAUGCAGGAGGGGAGACAUCAGCAGCUGGUAAACCAGUGACAAGACGAGGAGGCAAUCAUCACAAAAAGGAAAAUAUGGCACUUGUCUACUCAAAAAAAAAAAAAUUUGUUCUAGAAGAAUAGUUCUUAGAUGGAAUAUGUUCAGUGUACAUCGUACAAGGUGGAUCAUUUGAGAUCUAAAUAAAAUUUAACUAUGUAUUAUCAUUCUAGGGCUCUGUGGCUCGUACUGUAAGAGGGUUGUACUACAACUAUAACAUCUGAGCUGUUGCUCAACUAAAGCUUUGUACCAUCGCUUGCUUGGCUCUACAGCAUGAGCUUCAGCGGAGCUCAGAGCAUGAACGGAGGCGUUUAUACUCUACGUGCUGCAUUACUCUCCCAAACACCAGAGAGCUUACAAACAAAAUGAACUGUGAGGAAUCAGAGACAUCGAGUGUAACUCAUAGACACACACACAGACUGUAGGUGUGUCCGGCAAAAAACAUAAACUAACCUCACAGUGACGAGGAGGGAUUGUAAUUAUAUGUAAACUCAUAUUCAUGUUCUACUUUAUUACCUUUGUACAAGUCCUGUAAAGACACGAGUCAAGUAUUAAAAGCAUGAGAAAGAAAUAAAGGCUGAAUAUCCUGUAAA